ACCAUUCUGGGAUCCAUGAGGGUGAGUCAAGCAAUAAUGGAAUAUUUUCCCAGAUCAGUUCUAAAAUUCUUGGGAUGGCUUGAAAAGGUGUUUGAAAUACAGUCAGAGUCCUCUGAGACAUCAUUUGAUGAGAACAUCUUGGGUGCUUUUGCUGACACUGAGUCUUGAACAUCACAUGGAGGGAGCAGCAUAGGGAUCCAGGACCCAGCUCCUCCUCAGAGCCCCAGGUUCAUGGACACUUCUCCCAGGCUCUGGAAAGAGGGAAGUGUAGGAAAGUCUAGGAAGGUGUGAAAGAAAGUAACAGUUCCACCAGGGAGUACUGGGGUGAACCCAAUUGUUGCAAAUGAAUACUUGCAAUACAAGUCAGGUCCUGUGGCUGCACCAAUGCAUUAACACAGAGUUUCACUUUCCAGUGUGCCUCACCUUUCUGUCUACAGCUGUUUGCAGCCAGCCUGAAAGAACUUUGGAGGGGCUUCCUUACAACCUCCAGAUGGACUCCCACAAUUUCCAGCACAUUUUGUCCUGGCAGGCAGACCAUGACCCAGCUGUGCCAGCAUCCUACAACGUUCUCUACAGAGACCGCAGAAGCCAGAGCUGGAUGAGUGCUCAGCAGUGCUCAGGCAUUGCCCAGCUCUCCUGUGAGCUGACAGAGGAGUUCAAGGACACAUCCACUGAGUAUUCUGCACUUGUUCAGAGCAUUGGAGGAGCUCAGGUGCUCAAUUCUUCUGUGCUGCGUUUUGUGCCACUCACUGACACAAUUCUGGGACCACCAGAAGUGACUAUCACUUCCUGUCCAAAUUGCCUCAAUGUCACCAUAAAGCUGCCAUCCUCUCACUUCAGAAACAAGGGGAAGCUGCUGUCUUUAAUUGAUAUCUAUGAAGAGAUGGAUUUUGAUAUCACCCUGAAAUCACAGGAUGGAGAGCACAAGAGGCCACGGCAGAGAACCACUGCAGAGGUGUUUAGUAUUGUCAUUGAGGAGUUGUAUCCCAGCAGGAAUUACUGUGUGUCUGUGGGGGUCACUGCAUCCCUGAACAAGAAUUCUGUCCCCUCCCCCUGGAAAUGUGUCACUACAGACUCGGAGGCUCAGCAAGGGUAUCACGAAGCUGCAGUGGCAGGUGCUGUCUGUGUUUCACUGAUAAUUGCUGCAGUCCUGAAGUGUGUGCAUACAGCAGGUUUUAUCCUCCCGAAGUUUUCCCUUCCUCAGACCUUGGCAUGCAUCAGGAAGUUGGCCUACUCCCCUUGGGUGUCUGAGUCAGAAACAGUGGCCUCUGUGGAGAUCAUCCCCAGAGAGGUGAAAAGCAAGGCCAGGGGCUGCAGAGGCAGUGCCAGUGAUGACACUGACAGUGACAGUGACAGCAGUGCCCUGUAUGACCACAACUACACGAGGCGGGGCAGGCUGGGCAGGGGCAGUGUCCCCCAGGGCUGUGACACCCCCAGCAGCCUGGGGCAGUACUCAGUGAGCAGCACCUGUGAGCACAGCAGCAGCCAGGCUGGGGACACGCCAGCUGCUGAGCCACAGGAGCCCCAGGGACACCCUGAAGGGGACAGGGACACGAGGAGCGAGUUCCUGAGCCCUCUGUCUGGGGACAGCUGUGAGCCCCAGGGGGACAAUGAGUGCUUCACCAUCAGCCUGCACACGGUGCUGCUGGGAACCCUGGAGCAGGACGGGCACAGCCCUGCAGCUGCUCCCCCAGCCCGGGAGGAUGCAGGUGACUGGCACUGUGCUCAUGCUCUGGAGGAAAAGCUGCUGGAGGACACGGGAAGUGAGCAGGGAGCACCUUGUUCUGACUUCCAUGAGUGGCAAAACUCCUCCUGCUGCUCUGAGGAAAGCGACUCUUUGGACUCAGACACAGAGCAAGUAACGGGGUACAUGAGGAGAUGAAGAAGGGAGAACUGCUUUUACUUUAUAACAUAGGAAUCAGUGUUGUUCAACUCUUAUUUCUGGACUGAACACACAGAUCUUGUCCUUUCAUUAAUAUCCUGUGAGUGUGGGCUCCUGCCGAAAGAGCUGGGGGUGUUUGUCUGGAGAAGGAUCCAGAGAGACCUUGGAGCCCCUUCUGUGCCUAAAGGGCCUCCAAAGGUGGGGCUUUGGACAAGGGAUGGAGGGACAGGACAAGAGGGAAUGGCUUCAAACUGACAGAGGGCACUUUUGGAUUAGAAAUUUUUCCCUGUGAGGGUGGGGAGAGACAAUUUCCAAGGCCUGCAGGGACAGGA